UUAGUUCUUUGGCAAAUGUUUUGGUUGAAGAAGUUGCAGCUGAAGAAGCCCAUUAUGAAGAAGAUGUAAUCGAUGGUAACACAUUACUUUUAAUUACCACCAACAAUGAAAUAUUGAAAACUUGUGAAGUUAUUGAGGGAAAUGAUGUUGGGAAAGAUGAUAGACCAGUAAAAAAUGUUAAAGAAAUCUCCACGCCAAGUUUUAAGAAAUGGGUUGGUGAUGGUAACGAUGAUGAUGGAAUCAAUGAGGAGGAUAUAUCAGACAAAGCAUAUGAACGUCGUCAUAAGAAGUUCGAAUUGUCAGAAAAGAAAUUAAAGAAUCGGGAAAAAGAAAGGCUGCAGUACGAGAGAUACCAGCAGCAGUUGGCAGUUGAGAAGUUACGUAACACUGACUCUAAGACCUUGAUGUCAGUUGCCUCCUUACGAAGUAACGAACCAGCUAAUAAUGAUAUGAUCAGGCUUGAAACAGUGCGUGAAAAAUUGUUAAAAGAAGCGGAGGAUCAAUUGGCAAGGUAUGAUUCGUUAGGAUUAGGAGGGUUAGGAAAAGGAAAAAAUGUGGUAAAUGAUAUUAAGAUUGACGAUGAAGCAGAAGAAAUAAAAAUCAAAAGACCACGAAUAAAAAAGAACAACACUAUUAGUGGGUCAUUCAUCAAUCCAAAUGUACUUGUUUCAACUGCUUCAAGGAAGAGUGCGCGUACACGUACAACAAUGGUUGUGUUUGGAAUAAAAAUUCAAACCAAAAGGUCUAAAAAACAACCACCCAAAGAACUAUUUGGGCCACCAUCACCGAUAUAUGAUGAGAUGCUAAUGGAAUGUGAUGAAUGGAGGUUAAAUGAACAUGAAAAACAAGUUGAGGCUAACAAAGAACUUAAUAACUUUACAAUAGCCAAUCCAAUAUAA